AUGGCCACCGACGGUUCCAAUGGCGCCCAAAGCAACCGCUUCUUGAUCUGGGGCGGCGAGGGUUGGGUGGCAGGACAUCUCAAGACCCUUCUUGAGAAGGACGGCAAGGAGGUGCACAUGACAACGAUCCGAAUGGAGAACCGCGAAUCUGUUCUCGCCGAGCUCGACCGGGUCAAGCCCACUCAUGUGCUGAACGCGGCUGGGUGCACUGGGCGGCCCAACGUGGACUGGUGCGAGGACAACCAAGAGGCUACCAUCAGGUCCAAUGUGAUCGGCACCCUGAACCUCACCGACUGCUGCUUCCUCCGCGGCAUUCACUGCACCGUAUUUGCAACCGGCUGCAUCUACCAGUACGAUGAGGCACACCCCUGGGAUGGCCCAGGUUUCCUCGAGACCGACCCGGCCAACUUUGCGGGGAGCUUCUACUCCAUGACCAAGGCCCACGUUGAAGAGGUCAUGAAGCACUACAACAACUGCCUCAUUCUUCGACUCCGGAUGCCAGUGUCGGACGACUUGCACCCCCGCAACUUUGUCACCAAGAUCGCCAAAUACGAGCGUGUGGUGGACAUCCCCAACAGCAACACGAUUCUGAGCGACCUGCUGCCGGCUAGCAUCCUGAUGGCCGAGCACAAAGAGCUGGGCAUCUACAACUUUACGAACCCUGGUGCCAUCUCCCACAACGAGGUGCUCACCCUGUUCCGCGACAUUGUGCGCCCCUCGUUUAGCUGGAAGAACUUUAGCCUCGAGGAGCAAGCCAAGGUGAUCAAGGCAGGCCGAAGCAACUGCAAGCUUGAUACCACGAAAUUGGUCAACAAGCUGAAGGAGUAUGGGUAUGAGAUUCCCGAGAUUCACGAAGCCUACCGAAAGUGCUUUGAGCGCAUGAAGGCUGCGGGUGUCCAGUAA